AUGCAAAUUUGGAAUAAUAAGAAGGGUCUAUUGACAAAGAUUCAUCUUGGUCAACUCUGCUUCGUCUUUGCUAAAUGGACAUGCAUCACCCUUGUCGGUCUAUUAUUGUCAUUCUUUUUAUUUUAUAAAGUAGACCUCAAUGCUCAUGUCUUCCUGAGGGAAUCACUUGCUUCCAUUAAAGUAAACAAAGAGCCACUUUACUGUUUUAGUAAUCAUACAGCUAUACAACAACAUGCUAUUAUUAUACCCACUGCUAUAGAUGAGGAUACUUGCUUUGAUUAUGCAUCCUUAAUUCACCCUAAUGCCACUACUGUUACUACCAAUACUGUAUUUCACACCUUGUUAAUAGACGAACUCUUCACAAAAAGACAUUUCGAUACAAUACAAUCCUUUUUGUUGACACAGCCUUCAUCACAACUUACACUGUGGAUCACGAGAAAAGAGCAAUUAGACUCACCACAUUGGAAAGCCCUUUCUGACAAGGAUAACCUCCAGUACAGAAUCAUCUCGACGGCUGAUCUAACUACCUCUUUUGACUCUAUCAGACCAUCUUCAGAAUUACUUCCAUUACUUAUUCUCUAUCAGCAUGGUGGCGUCUGGUUCAACAUGGAUAUCCUCUUUAUUCGUGAUCUUGCCCCUUUACUAGAUCAAGAAUGGAUGUCUCAGGGAGACUGUCAUGAAACAAAAUCAAAGAGAUUUACGGGGCCCUUGAUGCAUUUCUCUAGACGCUCUCCUUAUCUAUGCGAAAUGAUUCAGCAAGCUUCAAGAGUGGCUGCUGUCGGGCCCUUACUUUAUUCCCAUGUAUAUGAUCAAUGCAUCAUGAAUGGAGUAAAACCCUGGACAGUGCUCCCCUGGUGCUAUAUGGAUCCUUCGGAUUGCAGUACAGGCGUAUCUAGAUCGUAUAGCCUAUCAGAACUAGAUAAAAGCAAACUACUAAAGGCAUUUGUAUAUCAUUUACGCCCUUUCUGGAAAGGAUAUUUCUAUGACCCUGUGUAUGAUUACUUGGCAACUAGACAAACUGUGUACUAA